GGAAGUCUGAAGGCUGGAGAGUCUGGCCCAGGAUGAGGCAGCAUCCCAGCAUGCACUGCAGCCGGUCACAAGCCCCUUAUUGGAGUAUCGCGAGAAAGCAGAGUCUGCUAGACGCGCCACAAUGGAGUCCUGUCCUCCUCGGAGGCACAUGCUGGCCUCGGACAUAUUGACCAGCGCCAACCCCCCCAUGUCUCCAGACUCCAGUGGGGAGCUGUCUCCAUUUGACCUAUCUGGAGACUUAGGGGACAUAUGCCCGGGCUCCCCCACCGAUGAUGGACUGGAUGGGAACCAGCUGGACAGUUCAGCGGGACAGAAGUGGGACAAUCACACGGAGAUUGCCGAGCAGGCCAAACAUGAAGCUGAGAUUGAGAAUAGAAUAGCAGAGCUACGUAAGGAGGGCUUCUGGACUCCGCGGCGCCUAUCAAAGUUUCCAGAACCCACUCGUCCUAAAGUGCAGUGGGACUAUUUGUGUGAAGAGAUGCAAUGGCUGGCUGCAGACUUCGGCCAAGAAAGACGCUGGAAGAGGGGUGUGGCCAGGAAGGUUGUCCGGAUGGUGGUUCGUCACCACGAGGAGUUGAAGCAGAAGGAGGAGAGAGCCCGGAGAGAAGAGCAGGCCAAGCUGAGGCGCAUCGCCACCUCCAUUGCUAAGGAAGUGCGGCAGUUCUGGACUAACGUGGAGAAGGUGGUGCAGUUUAAGCAGCAGUCCCGUCUGGAGGAGAAAAGGAAGAAGGCCUUGGACCUGCAGCUGGACUUUAUUGUUGGCCAGACAGAGAAAUAUUCCGACCUUCUCAGCCAAAGUCUAAGUGAAACUAUUCCUGUCAGUAAGACCAGCUCCUCGUGUGUUGGCUCGUCCCAGGGAGGCUCGCUUCGGACCAGUCCGGCCCCAUCCAUCUGCCGGAAAGCAGCAGAUGGAGAUGGUGACUUUCUGCCUCAUGAUUCUGAAGAGGAAGAGGAGGAUGAUGAAGCGACUAUAGAGAUAGAGGAGCAGCAGGAGGGGAAUGAUGCAGAGGCUCAUCGUCUGGAGCUAGAACUCCUCAAGCGGGAGAGUGAGCUACCUCUAGAUGAGCUGCUGCAGAACCUGCCUCCUGAGGUCCUACAGGAUGACUGUCUCAUGCAGGAUCCUGUUUCCAGUGAAGAAGGCACAGAGGAGGAGGAGGAAGAGGAGCAAGUGGAGGAGGAAGAUGAUGAGUUCACAGCAAAUGAGGAUGAAGCUGAGGAUGAGGAGGACACGAUUGCGGCAGAGGAGGAGAUGGCCGGACAGCAGGAUCAUGCCGAGGAGCUCUCCCAGCUGGCUAGAGACGGGGAGAUGUCCUUAGACGAGCUACUACUGAAAUACUCUGUGCUGCCAUCAGAGGCUGAGAGCCCUAGUCAGAGUGAGCAUGACAGUGCGGGCAACCAGGAGGAGUAUGGCUCUUCAGAUUGUGACUCUUCAGACCGUGAAUCGGAAGGAGUGGAGUUUCUUCUCAAACUGGAUGCAGAGGAGCCGGUGGGUGACACCCUGGAGCACGAGCCGCCCGAGCCAAAGAAAGAAAUCACUGAUAUCGCUGCCACCGCCGAAUCUCUACAGCCAAAGGGAUACACAUUGGCCACCACUCAGGUGAAGACCGCGGUUCCGUUUCUCCUGCACGGGGAGCUCCGGGAGUAUCAGCACAUCGGCCUGGAAUGGCUGGUGACUAUGUACGAGAAGAAGCUGAAUGGGAUUUUGGCGGAUGAGAUGGGGCUUGGGAAAACCAUUCAGACCAUCUCCCUGCUGGCCCAUCUGGCCUGUGAACGUGGUAAUUGGGGCCCUCAUCUGAUUAUCGUUCCUACCAGUGUCAUUUUAAACUGGGAAAUGGAGUUGAAACGUUGGUGCCCCAGUUUCAAAAUACUCACUUAUUAUGGCUCUCAGAAAGAACGUAAACUUAAAAGACAGGGAUGGACUAAAGCCAACGCUUUCCACGUGUGCAUCACCUCGUACAAGCUGGUCCUACAAGAUCACCAGGCCUUCCGCAGGAAGAACUGGAAGUAUCUGAUCCUGGACGAGGCUCAGAACAUCAAGAACUUCAAGUCGCAGCGCUGGCAGAGCCUGCUGAACUUCAACAGUCAGAGGCGGCUGCUGCUCACUGGGACGCCGCUGCAGAACUCGCUGAUGGAGCUGUGGUCGCUCAUGCAUUUCCUCAUGCCGCACGUCUUCCAGUCUCACCGAGAGUUUAAGGAAUGGUUUUCGAAUCCCUUGACGGGCAUGAUCGAGGGCAGCCAGGAGUACAACGAGGGUCUCGUGCGCAGACUGCACAAGGUGUUAAGGCCUUUCCUCCUCCGCAGGAUUAAGCAGGAUGUGGAGAAGCAGAUGCCCAAGAAAUACGAGCACGUUAUCUACUGUCGCCUGUCCAAGCGCCAACGCUUCCUGUAUGAUGACUUCAUGUCACAAGCCGCGACGCGGGAGACUCUGGCCAGCGGCCAUUUCAUGAGUGUCAUCAACAUCCUCAUGCAGCUCCGCAAAGUGUGUAAUCACCCCAAUCUGUUUGACCCGCGCCCCAUCCACUCGCCCUUCAUCACCAGCGGCAUCUGCUAUACGGUCCCUUCCUUGGUUCUUCAUGCUCGGCAGCGCCACCCACUCGAGCAUAUAGACAUGUCUUUGUUUGACCUCAUUAACAUGGAGGGGCAAGUAAGUCGAUAUGAGCGGGAUGUUUUCCUGCCCCACUACAAGCAGUCGCGCCCCCUGAUCCAAGAGAUUGCAGAAUCCCCGGAGCCGCCUCCUAGACCGCGGCCACUCAAGAUGAAGGUGAACAGAAUGCUGCAGCCUGUCAAGUCCGAAUCGCGCUCUGUCGUCGUAGUCAACAAUUCUCAGCCCAUGCGGAAGUCUCCGGAUGUGCUCCCCACCCCCCAGCCAGUGGCUCCUCAGUCGCUGACCCCGAGCACUGGUCCUCUGACACCACCGCCCAUACCUGCUCCGAAGGCUCCGCUCCCCGUGCAGUUCUGUCCAGUUACCACGUCCGUGACCCCAGUGUCCAACGGCGCAGGGAGGUCUGUCCCGGUCCACAGCGCUCAGUCUGUGUGCAGUGCCCCCCAGAGGCUCAUACUGACCCCCGACAUGCAGGCGCGGCUGCCCUCCGGAGAAAUAAUUAGCCUGGCACAGUUGGCAGCACUCGGUGGACGCCCCCUUCAGAGUCAGUCUGUCACUAAACCUCUCACUCUGCAGCUGCAGGGCACCAAACUGACAUUAACUGGCGCUCCGGUGCGGCCCCUGGGAGUGGCCCAGCCGCGGCCCAUGCAGGGUAAUGUGCUUCACCUCGUCUCGUCUGGUGGCCAACAUCAUCUGCUCAGCCAGCCGGCGCAGCUCGCUCUCAUCCAAGCGUUGGCACAGCAGGCAGCAUCGCCUGCUCCGCCCGUUCCUCAGUUGGUGCAGAGCAGUGCCCAGGGGCAGAUGGGGGUCCAGGCGCUGUCAGUGCAGUCUCUCCAGCACACGCUGCUGAACAGCACCAAUCUUCCAGCAGCUCCUCCUGGCCAAGCGCCAGCCACAGGUGUGGUGAAGAUUGUGGUGAGACAAUCGACCAGAGAGGUUCCAGCAGCUCCUCAGCGCCAUCCUGUUGCGCCCCCUGUGCGUCCUCUUCUCAGAGUUGUUCCCGGCCCUUGUACAGAACGUGAGGGACCUGGCGAGCAGCGCGCAGCUCCAGUUGUUUCCACCUCCACCCUGACUCUGACCACCAGCCCUCUGCUUAUGAUGUCCAGCCCAACGCUGACCGCAAGGCUCCCCUCCCCCAGUCCUGCGCAGCCUUGUAUGGAGGAGCCCCCGGGCCCUGCUGUGUCUAGUGUGGCUCUGCGGCUAUUGACCACGUCUGCAGCUGUGCAGCUGACAAACCACCACUCGCCGCCGCCUCCUAGGCACAUGCAGAGCCCUGCACUUCCCAACUGCUCUCCUACUGCCACACACAUCCCCAGCCUCGCCAACUGCGCCUCCACCGAAAUGGCACCUUGUCCUGCUGCCUUAAAACUGGGGCACACUCCAGAUGGCGCUGGUAGCCCCCUAGACGUGCAGUCUGUACAAAACGGUAAUUGUACAGCUGUCCAGGUGUCUCAAUCUGUCCCAGCCUCCACCACAGCUGCAGACGGUGCCCUGUAUGUCAAUCUCAUCCCAAACCCUCCUUCUCCAACUCCUAGCAUCCCCAAAAUGGCUGCUGCCACCCCCACAUACAACCUGAGUUUAGUGCCUGCUCUUCUGGCAAACCCCUCUGCCACCACGGUGUCCAGCUCUUACCCUAUCCCGGCUCGUUUCCUCACCAGUCCAGUAUCUCUGCUGACUCUCUCUGCUCUCCCUUCCAGCAACAGUGGGCCCAGCCCUGUCCUGUACACCCCACCCAGUGCCGCCUCAGUGUCUGCCUCUAUACCCUUACUGGCAGCACCCGUCUCGUUUACAGCUCCGCUGACCAUGUCCCCCAGCACCCAUAGUUCAUUUUCUGCUUCGCUGCCUGAGACUUCAUCCCAGCCCCCGCGGACAGUUGUGUCUACUCAGUCACCUUUAAUGCCUGUACCAGGUCCUGGUAAUCUGUCGGCUCCGACCACCGCUCCUCCCAUACCUGUGCAGUCUAUGCCAAUUCCCGCGGCCGCCCCCUUCCCUGUGCUGACUGCCCCGGCUUCUGCGGCCGCCCCCUUCCCUGUGCAGUCUAUGCCAAUUCCCGCGGCCGCCCCCUUCCCUGUGCUGACUGCCCCGGCUUCUGCGGCCGCCCCCUUCCCAGUGCUGUCUGCCCCGGCUUCUGCGGCCGCCCCCUUCCCAGUGCUGUCUGCCCCGGCUUCUGCGGCCGCCCCCUUCCCUGUGCUGUCUGCCCCGGCUUCUGCAGCCGCCCCCUUCCCUGUGCUGUCUGCCCCGGCUCCUGCGGCCGCCCCCUUCCCUGUGCAGUCUAUGCCAAUUCCCGCGGCCGCCCCCUUCCCUGUGCUGACUGCCCCGGCUUCUGCGGCCGCCCCCUUCCCAGUGCUGUCUGCCCCGGCUUCUGCGGCCGCCCCCUUCCCUGUGCUGUCUGCCCCGGCUUCUGCGGCCGCCCCCUUCCCUGUGCUGUCUGCCCCGGCUUCUGCGGCCGCCCCCUUCCCAGUGCUGUCUGCCCCGGCUUCUGCGGCCGCCCCCUUCCCAGUGCUGUCUGCCCCGGCUUCUGCGGCCGCCCCCUUCCCAGUGCUGUCUGCCCCGGCUCCUGCGGCCGCCCCCUUCCCUGUGCUGUCUGCCCCGGCUCCUGCGGCCGCCCCCUUCCCUGUGCUGUCUGCCCCGGCUCCUGCGGCCGCCCCCUUCCCUGUGCUGUCUGCCCCGGCUCCUGCGGCCGCCCCCUUCCCUGUGCUGUCUGCCCCGGCUCCUGCGGCCGCCACCUUCCCUGUGCUGUCUGCCCCGGCUCCUGCGGCCGCCCCCUUCCCUGUGCUGUCUGCCCCGGCUCCUGCGGCCGCCCCCUUCCCUGUGCUGUCUGCCCCGGCUCCUGCGGCCGCCCCCUUCCCUGUGCUGUCUGCCCCGGCUCCCGCUACCUUAUUAACGGCCACAGCUGCGUUACUGGCCUCAGAUUCUGCCUCGGUGCCUCUGCUCGAAGCCUCUCCAUCUGACUCUGUGCCACCUUUGGUACUUAACACGUCUCUUAAAUUGCCGUCUGUAGCCUCGUCUCCCAUGCCUUUGUUGUCGGCCUCCAGCACUGCUCCCCUUUUGUCAGCUGCCAGGGUGCCCGCCCCUGUAGUGAGCGCCACAUCGGCUCCUUCCACAUCCACUGCCCAGUCAUCUCAUGUGCUGGCAUUGUCUCAGACAUCGUUGUUGGCCGCUGCAGCAUCAUCUUGUGACCCGGUCUCCUCACAUUCCAUAUUGCUACCUUCUCCCUUCGCCCUGGCAUCCCUGCGGAGCUCUGCACCGGCUACCUCGCUUACAUUUACCACCUGCGGUUCUGUCAGUUCAGUAGUCCCUUCUCAGCUCUCGGCCACCUCUUCCCCUGUGUCUGCUGUGGUGACCAAGAUAACCAGGGUGCCCUCUGUAGCAGCUGAUGCCCAGGCUCCGCUGCCAGCUGAGUCCCAGGUCACCUUGCCUUCUGCUUUGGAGCCAGCUGAUGCGUCUCCAUUAGUGGCAUCUGUGCGGCCCCUCAGUUCUGGAUCAUCUCCCUCUCCUCUACCUUGUUUGUCUCUCAGGAUUCCAGCUCCACAGCCCUGUUUGGCUCCAUCUACCCCAGCGUCCAUGCCCUCGAUGCCGGCAUCUUCCUUAGAUCCAGCCUCUCUGCUGGUGGUCCCCGCUCCAGCCUCUGAUCUGUCAUCUCCGCCCGCGGACGCCACCUCUCUGCUGCCGCCCCCUUUGGCCACCCAUCCCCUGCUCAUCUCGUUUUCUGCUCCCCUGACUUUGACUACUGCUUCCCCUUCCUCGGGGGUUUCUGCUCAUUCUCACAUUCCCUUACCCUCUGCCCCGGUGCCCCCUCCCCAGUCAUCGGUCCUGCAUCCCGCGGAUUCACCUAAACCAGUGCCCAUCACUGCGGCAGAAAGUAGUGUAUCCCCCACUGCCCUGAAAGCAGACACAAAGUCCACACUCGCCACUCCCCCAGCUAGCGCACAGGAGCCAUUUCUGUCCCUCUCUGUGGCUGACCCACCACCAGUCAGUGUAGCCAUGAGCUCAACUGCAGAGUCUGACAGCACAGUGGAAGGAGACCACCUCCGACCAUUGCACCAUGAGGUGGUCUCGACGUCUUUGAGACUCCGACGUCAGCUGCCACCUCCCCCUCGCUCUCCAUUCUACUUGGAGCCGCUAGAGGAACGGCGUCGAAAACAGAAAUUGGAGCGACUGGAAAGGAUCUUUCAUCUGAAUGAGAGGAGAAGCAGCUUGGCCCCAGUCUAUGGGACAGAGGUUCUCCGAUUCUGCACCAUGCAGCCCACCGGCCCGCAGACUGAUGCUUUAGGUAGCUGCAGCUUCAGUGCACAGCAGCGCUUGGAGCAGCUGGCCGCCAUCAUCGAGAGGUUUAUAUUUGCUAUGCCUCCUGUGGAGGCCCCACAGAUCACUCUCCACACCUCUCACCCUCCACCCUCUUUGGUCCUGGAAGAGUCCGUCUUCAAAGAUAGACUGUCCUGGGAGCUGACCCCACACACCCGCUGCCUUCAUCGCAUCAUCUCCAAUAUGAGGACCCAGUUUCCUGAUCUUCGCCUCAUACAAUAUGACUGUGGAAAGCUACAAACCCUGGACCGUCUGCUGCGUCAGCUGAAAUCCGGCGGCCACCGCGUUCUCUUAUUCACGCAGAUGACACGAAUGUUAGAUGUCCUGGAGCAGUUCCUGAAUUAUCACGGACAUAUUUAUCUGCGCCUUGAUGGCUCAACACGUGUGGAGCAGAGACAGGUGCUGAUGGAACGGUUUAACAUGGACAAGCGCAUUUUCUGCUUCAUUCUUUCGACCCGCAGUGGAGGGGUAGGCGUGAACCUGACGGGGGCCGACACGGUUAUCUUCUAUGACAGUGACUGGAAUCCCACAAUGGAUGCCCAAGCGCAGGACCGCUGUCACCGCAUUGGGCAGACACGGGAUGUGCACAUCUACAGGCUGGUCAGUGAGCGAACGGUAGAAGAAAACAUUCUGAAGAAAGCCCAGCAGAAGCGUUUGUUGGGGGACAUGGCCAUCGAGGGUGGAAACUUCACGACUGCUUACUUCAAACAGCAUACAAUCAGGGAGCUGUUUGACAUGGAGGAUACAUCUCGGAAAGAAGCUGAAGUGCGCAAUGCAUCCCCAGACCAUAGUACAGAAGAUGGGGCAACAUCUCGGCAAGAGCAUAUACUGGAACAGGCGCUGUGUGGUGCAGAGGACGAAGAGGACACUCUGGCUGCCUCUCUGGUUCGUGCUGAGCAGGUUGCAGAUCUUGCAGAGUUUAAUGAAAACGUUCCUUUGGAUCCAGAAGAAGAAGAACAGAGCCGCGCUGAGCAGGAGAUAUCCGCUCUAGUGGAACAGCUGACGCCAAUUGAGAGGUACGCCAUGUACUAUCUGGAGGCUUCAUUAGAAGAAAUCAGUAAAGAGGAGCUGAAACAGGCAGAGGAGCAGGUAGAAGCUGCCCGUAAAGACCUUUUUCUUGCUAAAGAUGAGGCAGGUCUGAUGACAGAAGAAAAAUGGGAUGAAGAAACCAGGAGAAAUCGGAAAGUAAAGACUCCAGUGCCAAGCAGACCCACCGAACGUGUUGGGGUUCGCAUGAGUGAAAGGCUAAGAGGAAGCAAGCCAGCAGAAAGUGUGGACCAGAUAGAGAGCCCAGCCAUUCCAGACAUUGCACCUCCAUCCCUGGAAAAGGAGGUUAUGCAUAGUAGUCUAUCCCCCACACAGAGCAAUCAAGCCACUCCAGAACCAGAUGCUGCCUGUCCAAGCCCAGAGACCACAGUCAUCCAGACACCUACCAUGAACCCACUCUCCACUACGUUGCUUCCUAGUGGUUUGUCUGAGGAGGACACCAUUCCUGAAAAUAAACCUGAGAAGGAAGAUACUGAGGUCCUUGUGACAGAAAAUGUAGCAGAUACACCCGUGAGGUCCUUGCCGGGCAGCCCCGUGAGGUCCUUGCCGGGCAGCCCCGUGAGGUCCUUGCCGGGCAGCCCCGUGAGGUCCUUGCCGGGCAGCCCCGUGAGGUCCUUGCCGGGCAGCCCCGUGAGGUCCUUGCCGGGCAGCCCCGUGAGGUCCUUGCCGGGCAGCCCCGUGAGGUCCUUGCCGGGCAGCCCCGUGAGGUCCUUGCCGGGCAGCCCCGUGAGGUCCUUGCCGGGCAGCCCCGUGAGGUCCGUGCCGGGCAGCCCCGUGAGGUCCGUGCCGGGCAGCCCCGUGAGGUCCGUGCCGGGCAGCCCCGUGAGGUCCGUGCCGGGCAGCCCCGUGAGGUCCGUGCCGGGCAGCCCCGUGAGGUCCGUGCCGGGCAGCCCCGCACCACCUCGUAGGAAAGUCUAUGCAGAUUGUGAGAUUACACUUGCUGGGGCUACGGAGACCUCACCCACCGCAAAAGUGUUGAGACGGCUGCCAGGACGUCUCGUUACUGUGGUACAAGAACGGCUUCCCACACCUCGCCGCCAAAGCAAAGGUCGGGUGCAUCAGUCAGGCACUGAAAAUGACUGUCAAAGUCCUGAUAUACCUGGUCCUCCUAGCCCUUUCCAUGAUCGCCUAUCUGAAGAGACUUCUGAGACAGGGAGCCCUCCACCAAAGCGAAAAAGAGGGAGACCCCGAAAAGCAGGAGCAGACAUAUCACCAGUCAGUGUCCUCAUUGAUGUGCCCCCUGUGGACUCCACUCUCCACAUUUCUACGGACCUUGGCACUGCUUCUCAAGGGGGUACAAUGGAUUUGGUAACUAGGUCUGUGGUAGUCCAGACACCCGGCAGUCCAAAUAGUUCCUUUAAGAUAAAUUCUGACAGUGAAAGUGGAUCCCCUAUUGAGAAAAGAAAGAGAGGACGACCCCCUAAAAGGCGCGAAGGGUCUCCUAUUGUUGCCACCCCUUUGUCACCCAAAAGACUAGAAUCGCCUCCCGUUGCUUCAUUGAGAUCCCCCAAAGCACACGAAGAGCCCUCAUUUGUUGCUUCGCUGUUAUCCUCUAAUAAAUGUGAAGAACAGUUUGAUGUUACUCCACCAAAAUCUCAUGGCCGAGACUCUGCACCUGACAUUCAGGAGUUGGACACAAAACAAGCGAAUCGCACUUCGUUAUCUGCCCUCAGAAAACCUGACCACAAACAGAAUGAAUUGUUGUUUACUGGUCCCACUUUUGAUUCCAUCAUUCCCAUUAUAUCUUCCAACAUUCCCAUGGUGCCCGCUGAUGGCACAAGCAGCAGUGGUGUUGAGGAGCCUGUGUCCCCACCAAAGCGUAAACGUGGCCGACCACCCAAGUCUCGCCCUGUGUUCAAUGUCCACUCCAGUCCUAUGUUACUUAAUGAUGUGUUAGACAGUUCUCCAGAAAGAUCUCCCAGUCCCCAAGUCACAAGGACUUCUCUACAGAGGAAAUGCAAACCACUUAUUGCAGAAAGCCUGGAAAUGAAGGAGCAGAACUCCUCCUCCCUUGGAGACACCAAUGACUCCUCUGAUGAGGAGGUCACUGUUAGGUUGCCGCUGACGCGUAGUGCCAGGACUAGACUACCGACCACAAGCCAGAUGCCUCCUGCAGUUUUACAGACUUCUGCCGUAUCUUCCAGAUCCCCCCGUGGACGUUCUCCCCGCCCUGCUUCUGUCCAGGAAAACCCCCCCACUAAAAAACGGAAGCCUCCUAGUGUGAGUUCUCCCAGCCCAUCGUCGUCCUCUCCACAUGGCAGCUCCAGUGAGAGCAAGAAGCGCCCUUGUCCCCCUGCAGAACGUGUUCUGCGUAGCUCCCUUACUGCCAACCCUGCCAGUAAUACUCGCUCAUCACGUUCCCCUCUCCUUAAUUCCCCAAAUAGCCACAGAGGCAGAAAGGCCAAAACGUGAGGCAAUGCACUUGGAGUGACAGCGCGUUUCUUUUGGUGAGAAGCCUCCGUGGCAAAUAAUUUGGGGGACAGGAGAUGGGGCCCCAGUGAUUGACCCCCACACACCCAGGUUGGCACUGGCUGAGUGGUGGCUGUGGAACUGCAGCCCUGAUGCUGAGAAUCACAAUCUAUGCAAGAGGACGGGACUUCAUUUCAUUGCAGUGGAUCAGGCACUUUGUUCGCCCCCCGUGCUCUGGUUUGUCAGGCCCUGUAGUAUUAGGUGUCACCAGGCGCUGGGCAUCUCACGGCAGCUCGGUGUUCAAGCUCUGGACUUGUUUCUACAGAAGUUUCUGUAUUUCUUUCAUGAAAAUAAAGUGUUGAGUAAAGUG